AUGUCAAAGAAAUUAACGAAAACACAAACUAAUUGGCCAACAAUUGAACAAGAAUGUUAUGCAAUAGUACAAGCAAUAGAAAAAUGGGACAAAUAUCUUCGUGGACAUGAAUUUAUAUUAGAAACGGAUCAUGAACCGUUAGUUCAUUUUACAAACAAAGAACAAUUAAAUAAAAGAUGUGAACGAUGGCGAUUAAAAUUAGCUGAAUAUCGAUUUAAGGUGAAACACAUACAAGGCAAGAAUAACAAUAUGGCAGAUUAUCUUUCAAGAUCACCAGCCGAAAUAGCUGAAGAAGAUAUUGAAGAACGAACUCAAUAUGAAUCUGCAUCAACACAAACAGAUUUAUCAUUUUCAUCAUCAAAUAAAAAUUUAAUUCCAUUGAAAAUAACAACAGCAAUUACUAGAGCUCAAGCCAAAUUACAACAAGCAACGCGACGCAAACGUCGCUAA